AUGAAAAAGGCCCAAAAUGAAGUCAUAAAAUUCGCACCGUUCGACUUAAAAAAUAGACAAUCCCUGAUCAAUUUUUACAAAAUGUUAUGCAAAGAUUAUAAGUGUGGAGAGCUGCACGAAAAUAUCAUUUUAAAUCCAGACAAGAAAUCGCCCUUCCUUUACGUGGAACAGAGAGAGCACGAAAUUAUUUUCGGCUUUAAGGAUACCAAUAAUGACAUAUAUCAGAGGUUGGUGAAAUUAAAAGACCAUAAAAUUUUUGGCUACAAGCAAACUAAGCAAGAUCAAAUAAUUGCACAGUUAAUUAAGAAUAUACAAAAUUAUUCGUACAUUGAAGGAGGUGCCCUCGUGACUUUUCACAAAUCCCUUCUAAAGAGUUAUAUGCUCACGCAGCUGCAGCAGCUGAAGGAGCUGCAGAAGGUGUCGGAGUUAUCGAAGCCGUCGGAGUUAUCGAAGCCGUCGGAGCUGUCCAAACCGUCGGAGCUGUCCAAACCGUCGGGGCCUUUGGAC